CCUGCGCGUGUUUUACCGCAUCUCUCCGUCGAACGUUCAGCUAUUCUUUAAAAUUCCCCGUCCUGACACCGGGGACCGAGCAGCCAGGUGAAGACAAAGGCGGUUCUUGGGUGCAGACCCAGCGCCCGGCCCCGCCCCCUAAAGGCCACACCCGCCCGGGAGGAGUGGGAACGGGCGGGGGUGGGGGGACGGGCCGCACUUGGGGAGCCGCAGGGUUUAUAGGUCAUCCGGAAGAAGCGCAGCCCGCGGCCGCAGCUCGGAGCAGGCCCUCGCCCGGACCGCGGUCGCCGUGCUCCUCCCCGCAGCCUCCCGGCGUCUAGGCUAGCCCGCGCUCGCCGAGCCUCUCGCGGCCGCUGCCGUGCGGCCUCAGCGUCGCUUCCGGGAAUUAACCCGACCGCCGGCCAUGGCCGCCGCGGGGGGCGCCCGGCUCCUGCGCGCCGCCUCCGUGGCCCUGGGCGGCGCGGCCUAUCGUUGGCUGCUCCACGCCAGACCCCUGAUUGAGGCUUCAAAGGGCUUUCACAACAAUUGCUGCACUUCAGGCUUAAGAAAAUCCUGGGAGGGACGCUACAUACAGAUGACGCUUUUCAGGGAGCCGUGUGAGAGUAAAAUGGACUUCAUGACUAAGGCUGGUUUCUACGUGUUGUCACAGGACUCAACCUAUGGCUGUAACCCCUGGGGGGACACAGUGGGUGGCCUUGACAGUAAUAUAGUUGCCAUUUCCUGUAGGGCGGUAGAGCUUCCGUUCUGCUCAGAAGAUAAAAUAACAGUCCACUUUGUAAACCGUGAUGGGGAGACAUUGACAGCCAAAGGGAAAGUCGGUGACUCUCUACUAGAUGUUGUGGUUGAGAAUAACCUAGAUAUUGAUGGCUUUGGUGCAUGUGAAGGAACCUUGGCCUGCUCUACGUGUCACCUCAUCUUUGAAGACCACAUAUUUGAGAAGUUAGAUGCUGUCACUGAUGAGGAGAAUGACAUGCUCGAUCUGGCGUACGGGCUAACGGAUAGAUCUCGGUUGGGCUGCCAAAUCUGUUUGACAAAGUCUAUGGACAAUAUGACCGUUCGAGUACCUGACGUGGUGGCCGAUGCCAGGCAAUCCAUUGAUGUGGGCAAGAACUCCUAAGCUAGAAUAAAUUGGAAUAUUUUCACAAAAUUCUACCUAUUUUUAUAGUUAUUAUUUCUUAAUGUAAUGAAAUGAGAACAUGGGUGAAGGGGUUUAUUAUGAUGAUUAGCUUUACUACUUUAAUUGACCUUACAUAACUACUGCAUUUUGUAGUUCUAAAGGUUUGCAAUCCAUAUUUUGGUUAAAUUAUAAAAAGCAAAUCAAAUAUUAGAAAAAUAGUUAAUAUUAUAAAACCUUACAUAUUUUACCUUAGGUUUGUUUAGCAACUUUAGCAACAUGUUUUCACAUAAAUUUUAUCCUUAAUUACCUGUAAGUUAGGUUAAAAAAAGAUAUUUUCCCUGUUAGGUGUGGGUAAAAACAGAGCCCCUAGAUGGCUUAUCUAGGGCCAUGGACCAAAUUAGAAGGUAUGUACUAGAACCCACAUCUUCUUACCCAACAUAUAUGUUCAGAUUGAAACUAGAGAAGUUAUGAAUAUCUUGCUUAUAUCAGUAAUUAAGUGGACCAAACUAAGCACUCCGUAAACUGCUUCAUUUCAAAGAUAACUAGUUAUUGCCUUCUAAAUAGUAUUUCAGAAUUUUGAUUCAUUGAAAAGUAUCUGGACUUCCUCACAGCACGGUGCUGGUUUCUGAGAGCCUGCGCUGUAAGAGUGAGCUCCUGUGCCAGGUAGAUGCUGUAUCCUUUCAGUGACCCAGUUAUGGAAGUCACACAGCAUCAUUUCUGCCUGUUCUCUUCAUUAGAAAUGAGGCACUAAGUCAGGCCCAUCACUUGAAGGGAGGGGUGUCAGAGAAUUUGCAGACAUGCCUUAAAGCCACUACAAUAACCAUUAUUUUCAGGUUAGCUUACUGGCAGGCACAUUAUUGCCUAUGAAAAUUGUCUCUUUAACCAACAGUGUUCUAAACUUUUUUGAGAAGGGCUGGAUUCGUUCUUAUAUUGCAUUUUGAAAGAUUCUUGUGUCUUCUUUUUUAUGAUGGUUCAUUGGUUUUAUUCUAUAACUCCCACAGUUUUCUUCUUGACAUUCGGUUAAAAUCAGAGGGAAUAAUGGUGGGUUCUUUUUCAAUGUUGUAUAAUUUUAGUUUACAUUUUUCUGCAUUUUUCCAUCAAGAAAGGCAGUUUCCUUUGGUAUAAUAGUCUAUGUAAUUGUUGGUUACAUGCUAAUACUUAAUAUUGUAUUUGCUUUUCACAAAUAAAACCAACCUAUAAUUAUGUAAGUAACUCAAAA